GAGGCGGAGACCAUUCUGCAGGAAUUGCAAGAUCAGGAGCGUCGGCGAAAUGCCGUGCUGGAGAGACUGCAGGAGGCAAUGCAGCAGCGCGACUUGGCGCCACUGAAAGAGGUGCUUCAAGAAGCUCAUGCUGAACUUUCUCUGGAGGAACUCGAGAUGCUCGCUGCGCAACAGCUGCUUGAGGAACUGGAAAAGGAAGCCAAGAAAAAGGUGGAAACUGCGUUACGGCGGAGAUCGGCUGAAGCCAUCUAUGCGGCUGUGGAAGAGGGAGACUGGGACAAAAUUCAGGUUGCCUUGGAUGUGGGGCUUGCAGCCGGUCUAGCAGAGGAAGGGGCUCCUGUGCGUGCUGCACAGGCAAAGCUAGAAAGCUUGCGGGAGGCCCAUGAGCAACAAGAAGCCCAAUGGACCGUGGAAGAGACAGAGGCGCGACUUGAAGCGCUGAAAGCGGCCGAGGGGAAGCUCCAAGGUCCACGGCAUAAGAAGGAAAGGUCGGCGCUUGGCAAGGAGAUCAUGAAGCUUCGAAAUGGCGAAAGCUACAUCUCGGCUCGAAAUUUCCCGAAGAACCCCGAGAAGGAGCGGCAGCGGCGUGAGGAGCAAAGGCGGACAUGA